CGAAAGAUUCUUUUGAAAUAAUGACUGUUCGUCUGUGACCCACCGUAGAAAAUUCUUGAGUGGCAAAACAUAUCUGAAACUGAGAGAAAAUCUCACCUCAACGGAUGUAGCAACGCCACGUGGCAGAACGGAGGCCUCUGUCUACCAUAUGAAAAUCACAAGGGAAAUCCAAAUACAUAACAAGAACCAAUCAGCCAUUGCUGAGUUGUACAUCUUGUAAUCCUCAAAAAUCCAUUAAUUUGCAUAUAUAGCCCCUAGUUCACUCUUCUUCCCUCUCAUAUCAGAAAGAAGAAGGUAGUAAAAGAAGAGCUUUUUUUCUCUCUAUUAGCAAAUUAAGGAAAAUGGCCACAUCUGCAAUUCAACAAUCAGCAUUUGUUGGACAGGCAGUUGGUAAAUCACAGAAUGAGCUUGUUAAGAAAAUUGGCAGCUUCAAUGGAGGCCGUUUUACCAUGAGGCGUACUGUCAAAAGUGCUCCUCAAAGCAUCUGGUACGGAGAAGACCGCCCAAAGUACUUGGGCCCAUUCUCUGAGCAAACCCCAUCAUACCUCACUGGUGAAUUCCCAGGUGACUACGGAUGGGACACUGCUGGACUCUCGGCUGAUCCAGAGACGUUUGCCAGAAACCGUGAGCUUGAGGUGAUCCACUGCCGUUGGGCCAUGCUUGGUGCUUUGGGCUGUGUCUUCCCUGAAAUACUUUCCAAGAACGGUGUCAAAUUUGGUGAGGCUGUUUGGUUCAAAGCUGGAUCCCAAAUCUUCUCAGAAGGUGGACUUGACUACCUCGGCAACCCAAACCUUAUCCACGCCCAAAGCAUCCUCGCCAUUUGGGCCUGCCAAGUUGUUCUCAUGGGCUUUGUUGAAGGAUACAGGGUUGGUGGAGGCCCACUUGGUGAGGGUCUUGACAAGAUCUACCCAGGAGGUGCCUUUGACCCACUUGGUCUGGCUGAUGAUCCCGAGGCUUUUGCUGAAUUGAAGGUCAAGGAAAUCAAGAAUGGACGCUUGGCAAUGUUCUCCAUGUUUGGAUUCUUUGUUCAGGCCAUUGUUACUGGAAAGGGCCCAAUUGAGAACCUCUUUGACCACAUUAAUGACCCCGUCGCCAACAACGCUUGGGCUUACGCCACAAACUUUGUUCCCGGAAAGUGAAGUAAUUAGGGCUAUCUAAUCUGUAAACUUUGGGCUAAUGAAGUUUUAUGCUUGUCAAAGAUUGCCUUGUACCUUGAUGCUCUAUUUAACAUGCUCUGAUAUUUACCAACA